AAGGUCUAUGAUACCAUAAUCUCCCUUUCGCAAAAUACAACAAUGCGAGAAUUUUUGUGGCUUUGACUGUGGAUACAAAUUGUUGCACUGUCCUUCCAUGUGGACACACCUCCUCGUGCCAAGGCCGACAUGCACAACUUGUGGAUCAAAACUCAAGCCCACAACUUCCACAACUAAACAAUGGGUGUCCAAAGCUUGGCCAUAAAACCUGGUGUUAUCUUAAAACAUCAGCUCUCGCUCAUUAUUCGCGUUGAUACCUGUAUCGUCUCAAUGGCAAGCACAAUACCUACAAGUCUCUCGAAGUCUCGCACUAUCAGGCUGAAAGCAGCUCCUCGGCUCGAACCAGAACCAGAAGUCAUCGCACAUGGCCCUAGAGAAUCUCUUACGCAGAAGUCGGACAUCAGUACUAGCAGUGACAACAGCGCUGUUUCAUCGACCUGUAUAUUGUCCCUCAAUGUCCCACAGUUCGACAUCCAAAGGACGUUCCCAGCGAUCCUCGAUCCCGUCAGACUUUUCCGCGAAGCCGCAGACGCACAGGACAUCGAAUCGAUCCGUUCUUUGACCCCAACCUUUUUGCACGGUUUGACUACGAUUUUGCGCUCCAUGUCUCAACUCCCCGAAGACGUUCGGCAUGCUUCAGGCUACAGGAACGCUGAAUCCGGAAUCCGGCACUACAAGCUCCUCUUGAUGAGCCAUAUCCAGCCGCUCCUCGACAACAAGAGCUUUGAACUGGUUUGUAGGAGGCAAUUUAUUUGGGAGACUCUUGGAUAUUUGGACGCUAUAAUGUCCAGCCUGAAAAGGCUCAUGCAAGUUGCCGAGCUCGAGAUGCGUCAACUGAAACCCCUUCCUGAUACUCCCGAAGAAUGUGAAGAGGAGAUAGAAGCGGAAGAAAAUAGCGACCACAUCAAUGGACCUCGCCGAAAUUCUUUGCUGUCAGGGGAUACCCACCAGUCUAGUGAAGGAUCAUCGACGGACAGGACAUGCGUUGAAGAGGCGGACGAACUGGGCUCUCUUGCGAAGGCCCUGGCGAUCAAACACACGAAACGGGGACUGGCUGCCAUUCUUGGGCCACUUUCAGUCAACUUGCGCCGCAAAAUCUCCCAGUCAUCUGCAAAGGCGGACAAAGCGGCAUCUGUCGAGAAACUCACAACUUGCGCAGGACAUGCUCGCGCGACUGCGAAUAUCAGGAACUCGAUUGCCCUCUUCCCCGAGCUAUUGAAUGACAAGCUGGAGAAAUCCUUCCCUCACCCGGAUGACAGCACGGAACUCUUCCUAGACAAGAAUGGGGUUCUUCAGCUUGCUUCAUUGAAGGGCCUUGUCAGGUAUCUGACAUCGGCAGUCUCUGAUGACGACCUGGAGCUGUCAGAUGUCUUUUUUCUCUGCUUCCGCUACUUUUCGACUCCAGCACUCGUUCUCGAGGCUUUCAUAGAGCGAUACAAGGAGAAGUUACCUGGUUGCUUGUCUCCCGACCAAACUCACAUUCAGUCCAUGCACGUCAAGAUGCGUGUAGCUCGCCUGCUUAACCAGUGGGUCGAUCUUCAUUGGCGUCACUCAGAAGACCAGGAGGUCUUCACACCUCUCCUGCAAUUCGCAUUCUCUGAUCUCUCUCGAGAUCUCCCCCGCAGUGUUUCCUCAAAACUUAUCGACACCUUGCACAAUGCUGCGUGCGCUAAAGAACACAACGGACGUCGCCUCGAGAAGACGGUUCAACUCAUUCAAGGCUCUUCACCAGCUGAAGAGCUCUGUAGUUUAUGGGAGCCUCGCGGCAAGAAGGCGAUGGUUAAGGGGGAGUUUUCGAAGAUCAAGUUGUCCAAAUUCGCUUCUCCGCAAGGAAUGGAGCUCCUGGCUCAUCAACUCACCGCCCUCUUGUGGGAGAAGUACCGGGACUUCCAGCCUGAGGAUGCUGCACGCUUUUGGGUGGAAGAAGCAACUGGAAAGUCCACUUAUGGCGUUUCCAAUGACGCUAGCACGAAGGUGACCACCUACGCUUCCUUUGAGAAGGCUCUUCACCUUUGGGCACUGGACAUCAUCGUGUCUGCGCAGUCGAUGGAGGAUCGUAUCCAGAAGGUUCAGUUUAUCUUGGAGUGGGCACAAGAAUGCCACAUCAUCGGAAACUACGCUGGUUCUUGGGCAUUGUUUUCCGCGUGUGACAGACAGAGUUUGGUUGGCUCUUUAUCGACCGUCGGUGCCAAGCACGAAGAGAUUCUACUCGCUCUACGUCUCUUUUUCAGCCACACAAAUCGCAUGAAGGCCUACAAGGACGCGAUCCAAAGUAGUCGUGGACCCACUCUGCCCACUCUUGUUCUUUUCAUAGGUGACGUGAAGCGCCAGUGUGGUAACGAAGAAUGUGUAGACCACCCAAAUGCGCCAGGACAUAAGCUCAUCAACCUAAGGCGUUACCGCCCUCUCACGCGAGCUAUCAGAGACAUGGAGAGAUGUCAUACCCCCUAUUGCAUCCAGCGUGUGGAUUACGUCUGCCAGUGGAUGGAGGAGGUCAUUUGCUCUUACCUCAGUCGCCCAGAAGUAGAAUGGGAGGACAUCUUUUAUGACAAAAGCCAGCGUUUAGGGAAGAAGAUAAACCGGAAAUGCAGUAUCUAUUCGUAACAACAUCAUUCAUUUUCUUGUCGACUGUCCACUUCUCGUCUUGAUCUUUUAUUGACUAGUUUAUGAUCCAGUCUGUACACAUUAGUCUGCUUUGU